AUGGUCAAAAGGAUUGUCAAAAAAGUUCAGAUUAAUAAGGAACGUGCUGGUGUGCUUGUUGGAUCAGCAGGGGGAGGCGUCACAGUAUUUUCUAAUGCUGCGAAGUCUCUCACAGAGAGGGGUUACAAGAAAAUUACACCAUUUUUCAUUCCUUAUUUUCAAACAAACAUGGCCGCAGUUCUUCUUGCAAUUCAUCUUGGCUUUAAGGGACCAAACUACAACAUCUCAGCUGCUUGUGCCACAUCCAACGCUUGCUUCUGUGCUGCUGCUGAUAAUAUCCGUCUGGGGAAGGCUGAUUUGAUGAUUGCAGGUGGGGUCGAUGCUCCACUUAUUCCUUUGGUAUUCGGAGGUUUUUUUGCUUGUAGAGCAUUGUCUCGAAGAAACCAUGAUCACCACACAGCUUCUAGACCAUGGGACAAAGAAAGAGAUGGGUUUGUUUUGAGCGAAGGUGCUGGUGUUUUGGUGAUGGAAAGUUUAGACCAUGCAAUGAAAAGGGGUGCACCAAUACUUGCUGAAUACUUAGGAGGUGCAGUAAAUUGUGAUGCGUAUCAUAUAACUAAUCCGCUACAUGAUGGAUUCUCGGUUUCAUCUUGCAUUCAAAACAGCCUUGUAGAUGCUGGUGUAUCGGUAGAGGAGGUGAACUACAUCAAUGCACAUGCAACUUCAACCGUGGUAGGGGAUCAGGCUGAGGUCAAUGCUCUCAAGAAGGUGUUUAAGAACACCGAAGGGAUCAAAAUCAAUGCAACCAAGUCUAUAAUUGGACACAGUAUGGGAGCAUCUGGAGGUUUGGAAGCCAUUGCUACAAUCAAAGCGAUUCAAACAGGAUGGUUGCAUCCCACCAUUAAUCAAUUUAACCCAGAACCUACAGUUGAAUUUGACACUGUUGCAAAUGAAAAGCAACAACAUGAAAUCAACGUUGCCAUCUCAAAUUCAUUUGGUUUUGGUGGACAAAACUCAGUAAUAGCAUUUUCUGCAUUCAAGCCUUGA